UUAAUUCACUCGUAAGUUUCAAUAUUGCUUUAACCACAAUGUGAAAGUACUUGUGCACAGUACUUUUAUGUAUGAAGGAAAAUAAUAUAUUGAGCAAGCUCGAUGGGAAGACCAAGCGAAACAACAUAGUUUACAGGGGCCUCGCAGAAUCGAUGAAGUCUAAAAAUAUGAUCAAAUCCGGAGACCAAAUCAAAACCAAGCUGCGACAGUUAAAGAAAUCAUAUUUUGAAGUAAAGCGCAGCAAUGCAGUCAGUGGGGCUGCCAGGAAAACGUGCACCCACUUCGAGGAGCUCGAGGAGAUGUAUGGGACUCGCCCGGUGUCUCAGGCUGUAGGUGUGGACACAUCGGAGGAGGGAUUUGUGGCAAUCGAUGGCUUCGAUGACCUGGCCAAUGAAGUCUUCUACUGUUGAUGCACCUGAACUCCUGGUGGAGACAUCUAUGCCUAGGAGCCGCCGAACUUUAA